AUGAAAAACAAAAUGAACAUCCAAAAUUUAGAGAGCAUACGAAACUACAAGGGAGAGCAUUUCGAGUACGAAGAGUAUUUUAGAAGAGUCCUGGAAGAGAUAGAAAGCGUGCAAACGGAUAGAAGCACUGCCAUCGACACUUUGUUCUCUCUGCUCUCUCCGAGCAGAAGCAGCAGCAUAAUAGAGUGCGCCAUAAAAGUGCUUCACUCAGUUGGGGCUUCUAUACUCCCAGAUCGAAUUCUCCCCGUGCUUGAAAUUGGCGACUCUCUGGAGCUUUUCUGCAUGCACGUUCUUUCCACAGAAAUGCCCGCAGGUGCUGAUUGGGCUCCAUUCACGCAGGCUCUUCUCAAAACAGAGACUCUUCUGCCGUUUAAUGCGCUGAAGAUCUUCUGCAGGCUCGUAGAGUUUGAAAGCGUCCGGACACUUUUGGCUGCCCAUUUGGAGAAUUCCUUCUCAGUGAACGCAGUCCGCCUGUCCAAGGCACUUUUGGGGCAGAAACAGCACUUCUCCGCCCUUCUGCACACUCUCUCCAUAAAGUACCUCCGCCUUAUAGGCUCAGAAGACUCUUUCCUCUCAAAAGAAGCAGCUUUCUUCUCUCUUGCGUAUAGAAAUGCACACUCAGAAAGCACCGCAUUCUCGCUGCAUGGCCUCCUGCACGAGAGGCCAGAAAUUGCGUCGUAUGACAACUACGUGAGAGAUGUCUUUAUGCUGCUCCCACAGGACGUGCAGUCAGAUAUCUCCAAAAGCGCAUAUCAAAACCCUCCAAAUAUAUCUUUUAUAUGUACGCUUUUGAAUUUGCCUGGGCAUAUUUCCCUUUCCAAAAGAACGCUUAAACAUGUCUCUCUGAACGAGCCCCCUUCUGAAGAGCAGGGCCAGCUGUCCAUAGCCCUCUCCGACGACUACUACAAAAGAAAGAACCUCUCCCAUUUAUUCAGCGACCACGAAACACACCAUUCGUGCAUAGAGCACUAA